AUGCCCAUGCCAUCAUCGGGUAUUAUUGUAGUUGAAAAACCAAGCACUACUUUAAAUACAAAAAUCAGCACUACUACUACUACCACUACUACUAACUCAAACAAUACUAAUAAAAAUUCACAAUUAUUGUCUCAACAGAAAUCAUCAUCAACGUCGUCGUCAGCAGCAGCAACAACAAUUGUUGGUCCUUUAUAUCAAAAACAACAGCAGCAGUCUAGGAAAGUAGACAUAAUACCGGACAAAGAAGAGAAAGAGCGCCAAGGAUUGCAUAGCGCAAUAACAACAACACUAUCAUCAUCAUCAUUGACAACAACGUCAACGUCAUUGUCAACCUUGACCUUCUCCUCAACGUCCUUGACGACUACAACAAAACCACAACAUUUACACAUAACAACCAUUAAAGCCGGGCCCAUGCCACAUACAACCAAACAACUCCCACAACAACAACAACAGCAGCAUACUUUACAUAACAACAGUCAGCAGCAGCAACAACAACAACAGCAAAUUCUUCAUCAUACACCAACACAACAACAACAUGUGCAGCAAGUUCAUUUGUCUAAUAGUACAACGACGACUACUGCAGCACAACUACAACAGCAACACCCACAUUUACAACAACAAAAACUACAGAAACACCAAACCCAUAUGAUACAAGUGUCCGCCGAGGAAUAUCUUGAAAAACAACAACAACAGCAGCAACAGGCUCAAAUCCACACAAAACCAAACACCAGCAACAACACCUCUUCCAACAUGAUGAUUUCAGCCAGCGGAGAGGUCAUACAACAGCAACAAAUUUUUAAAAUUGUCAGUACGGAUGCUGCCACGGGAAAUAUGAUCAUUGAUACAUCGGGUAGUGGUGCGGGUGUGGGUACCACACAAAAUGUCGCUCCGAACCCCUCCUCCUCUGCCGCCUCCUCAUCGUCGUCGACGACCACAUCCAAAGUCUUGCUAAGCAAUUUAACGGUAUUGUCCAAGCAACAACAGGGGCAAACAACGGCUCAAACUCCCUCGCCUGGAGUUGGACAAACCAUAAAUUUUGUCAACACCAAACAGAUGUAUGGCACCAACACCACCACCACACCAGCCACAAUUCCAGCCAGCAGUGCUGGAAUUAUUGGUGCUGGUGUUGGCAGCAAACAGCCUAAAUUUACGGGCAAUCUUAGCAGCACUCUGGGUAGUUUUAAGAGUACACCACUCAAACAAACUACAAAUACCACCCAUUAUAUGCAGCAGGUUGGUGGAAUGGUGAUUGGAGCUGCUGGUGGUGGAACCACACAGCCCAAGAUCAGUAUGAUGGGUGCAGGUAAUCGAAAUAUGCAAUUGUUGGGCAACAACAACACCUCCUCGAGGUUAAUGGGAAAUCACAGUGGUGUUGGUGGCGGCACAAUAUUGACAACAAAUAAUGUCACGGCCGCCAAUGCUGCCUCAGCUGCUACUGCAGCCCAGACAAUGGUCUUGCAACAACCACAUAAAUUUCUAACCACAAAUAAUGUGGCAGGUUCAAAAACAACAACAACAACACUGGGUGGGGGCAACGUCAUCAAAAAAUCCACUGGUGGUGGUGGUACACUACGCAUGAAUAACAGCAGCAACAUUGGUAGUUCCUCCUCCACGGUGAUGACAAAUACAACGGCAACUAGUAAACUAUUGGGUAAUUUGCAUGGAGGAUCAUCAUCAUCAGCUGGUGGUGGUGGUGGCCAGGGUGUCAAAACGUUUAUAACACAAACGUCGACAACAGCUAAUGCUCAAUUGGCGGCGGCAGGUACAACUAUGCAGCAACAGCAACAGCAUCACACCACAACAAAGGGCAGUGGAUCGAAAUCGAAAUUUGUUAAACAAUAUAAUAAUGCUAUUCUUAACAGCGCUGGCGCUGUGGCAAUAGCAACAUUGCCCCAUCAGCAGCAGCAACAUCAAACUUCUAUUGGUGGCAAUACUGCUGGAGGUGCUGCCAUAAUUGCAGCAACAACACCCACAAAAGCCAACAAACUAAAUUCCAAAUAUACGGCAGCUGCAGGAACGACAACAAGCAGUGUGGCAGCUCAUCAAUUACCGGCCGGUACCCAGUUGCAUCAGAAAACCGCCAUACAGUAUCAAACGGCAUCGCUCAAUAGCAGCAGCUGCAGCAGCAGUGUCGCAAUUAACAACAACAACAGCAAUAUUAAAUUUGUUAAUGCCCAAGGCACCAUAAUACAACAAACACAGCAGCAAACAGCAGCGACCCAACGCGGGGCAUCUAACAGCUGCAGUACUACUGCUGGAGGUGCUGGUUCCGGUGGCAAUUCCUCACAAUUAAGUGAUGAUAUUAUGAUGGUCAAUGGCACACAAAUGACCGAUGAAUUAUCGGCUCGUAUCCUACAGAGUAUGUCACAAAAAUCCUUCAUCAAUCAAAGGUAUCAGCAAUUGCAGCAACAUCAACAAACCUCAAUUGUUGGCUAUCAGAAAUCUCCAAACAACAACAACAACAGCGCGACUAGCAACAAUGGCAAUAUGUUUCCACCGCCACAACAGCAGCAGCAGCAACAACAAAAUUCUACCACAAAUUCUCCAAAUGCAUUAGUACAAGGUUCAGCAGGCACAUCAUCACCAUUAUCUCAACAUCACCACCAUAUGCAAAAUAUGGCCAACAACAAUGCCAACAAUAAUCAUCAUUCGAAUAUCUUAUUAUCACCGCGAGAAUAUACCCUUUAUCCGCCAGUAAUUGGUUCACCUCAACAAUCGUCGUCGGCAACACAGCAGCAGCCGCCACAAAAUCAUCCACCACCCAGUUCACCAAAUCACUAUAAUAGUGCAGCAUCUCCCUCCCACCACCAUCAGCACUCCUCUACGGCCGCAACAACAUAUAUGACCAAUAUUGGUGGUGGUGCAACCAUAACACCACAUUCGGGAAAUAUGACAGGCAAUGUUGGAACGGCUGCGGCGACAUUAGCAGUUGCAGCAGCAUCCGCAUCGUCAUCAUCACCUGCUGCAGUAUCAUCAUCAUCAUCCUCACGUUUAACAACACAAAGUGCACCGAGUUCACGUUCCCAGUCGAUGGAACGUAAACUGCAUGAAUCUUCAAUAUCACGAAAAUCAUCGGAGUAUUAUAAAGUCAACAAUCACAAUUCCCUGCGUGGUAGUCAUAGUAAUUUGGCGACAACUUCAUCAUCAUCGCAUAUACCGUCGGCGGUCGGCGGUGGAGCAACAGGAACGAAUUUAUCGGCAACAACAUCCUCCGGAAUUAACACUAAUGCUACACUACCAUCCAGAUCAUCUUCAAUCCACCAGCAACCACCAACAACACCCUCCGCAGCAGCUGCAGCAGCAUCAUCAGGACAUCUAUUUGAAUCCCAAUCCCAAAUUGGUCAUUUAAAAUCCAUGUCCUCAACAACAACAUCAGCAGGCGCCGGCGGCAGUCCCUCCAACGAUGAUGAUAUUAUUGGUGAAGAAAUGCGACCCUUACUCGUGGAGACACACGAUAUACGUUUGCAAAUAUUGCAUGCGGUAUUAUUGGAUCAUACCUAUGCCAAUCCCAUGCCUUUGGAAUUGCCAACAACAUUUGCUGUUCAGCAGACAACGAGCUCGUCCUCAUCUUCCGCGAAUACAACAAAGAACACCACGACGGUUGUUAUUGGUGGCCAGCAACAACAACAACACCACCAGCAAUGGUCUUUGGGUGGUAUAGGUGCAACAGGCACAGCGGCAACGGCAAGCACGGUUAUUGCCAACAACAAUAGCAACAUUGUUGGUGGUGCGGGUGUUUCUUCAACACCCACCACCUAUCCUAUGUACAGUUCACAAUUAUCCCGCCUCCAGCAAGAUGAUGAUGCCUAUUCAGCCAUUAGUAAUAAUUCAAGACCAGCCUUAGGUGAUAUUGAUCCCGGUGAGGAAACUGAAACAGCCCCUGAAGCAGAGGCCGAAGAUGAUUCCGUGACACGUUGUAUAUGUGAUUUAACGCAUGAUGAUGGCUAUAUGAUUUGUUGUGAUAAGUGUUGCGCCUGGCAACAUGUCGACUGCAUGGGCAUUGAUCGUCAAAAUAUACCCGAUGAAUAUUUAUGUGAGCUGUGCCAACCACGUCCAGUGGACAAGGCCCAAGCCCGAUCCCUGCAAUUACAAAAACGUCGAGAACAAUCCCAAAUAAUGGCCCAGGCAGCAGCCGCUGCGGCCGCCGCUUCUGGUGCAGCUGGUACUGCAAUUGUUGGUGGUGGUGGCGGCAUAAACCCAUCAUCUAAUCUCAUAACUGAUGCUUUGACAGGUCAAACACGUCUAGCAUCUGCAUCUGGUGGUUUGGGUACAUUUGGUUUGGCUGGGGCAAAUUCCGAUCCUACAAAUCAUAUGCUGGGAAGUGGAAAUUCAUCUACCGGCACCACCAUGAAAAAGGGUGCAAAAAUGCUCAAAAAAGUCAAAGAAUCAUCUGGCAAGAAAUCGAAAAAAUCCGAUAAAUUGUCGGGUGUUGGUACAGCAGCAGGAGGAGCGGGGUCAGCAUCAAAUACUGCUGGAAAAUCCGGUCGCAAGGAAGGCAAAAAGACCACAAAACGUAAACGUGGUGGUGGUGGCAAUCAUGAUGGCAGUUGCAGCAGCGGAAACAUGACAGCAGCUGAAAAAUAUGCCGCCCUCAUGGAACAAUGGAAAACCAACUAUGAAAAGGCAGUGACCAAUCAUUACUCGCCCGAAUUGAGAGCCCGUCUACAUGCCAUUACCAAACAGCCAUUACUCCUGCAAUCGAUUGUCAAUACGGAAAAUCCCCUCUUAAAAGAAUACAGUAAUGGUAAUUUGGAAUCUAAGGUCCAGACCAUACCACAUGCCGGUGGCAGGAUUUUGGUUAGUACUAUGGAUCUGCCGCCCAACACUCCCAUUUGCGAGCUAAGAGGCAAAUAUAUGCUUACCACCCAGUAUAAAACUCAAAAUACAUCUGUGAAUAUGAAUUGUCCGCCACCAAAUAAUUAUCAGCUGAAUAGCUAUAAACCGCAUCGAAUGCCGGGACGUUAUAUAUUUUUCUAUCAGUUGCAGGGGGCGGCUGAGGUGAAUAGUAGUGCCACCACCCCCACCACAACAACCACCAUAAAUCCGGAUGGUAGUGUAACAACAACAACCAUACCGCCACCACCGGCUCAAUUAAGCCCGCCCACACCGCCACCCACCUAUAUGAAGGGUCCGGAAAUUUGUGUCGAUACCCGCACCUAUGGCAAUGAUGCCCGUUUCGUGCGUAGAUCAUGCCGUCCAAAUGCUGAAAUACAACAUUUAUUCGAAAAGGGUACCAUCCAUUUAUUCAUUGUCUCGUUGACGGACAUACGAAAUUCCACAGAGAUUACCAUACGCCACGAGCCACACGAUUUACAGGCGGUGGAAAAUAAGAAAAACAAUUCGAUGAUAAUACAACCCACAAGCACGCCCUGUGCCUGUGGUCUGAGUAAGGAUUGUAUUUUUGGACCACCGUUACCACAAUUGCCGCCGGCGGCAAAAUCUGGCAGAAAAUCAUUAUCCUUUGGUGGUGGUGGUGCAGGGGGUGCGGCGGCAGGUAAUCAAUCGGCCAAGCAACGAAAGGCCAAUCAACAAAAUCUCAAUCGUAAUCGCUCAACAUCGUCAAGUGGUGACAGUAAUAUGGGUAUGGGAAAUGUUAUGAUACCAGGCGGCAACAACAACAAUAGUGGUGUUGUUUCAACGGUACCCCUUGGCCUUAACAGUCCCAAUAAUAACAACUUGCUGUUAUCGAAUAAAAUUGCUGGCCUGCAAAAGAAUUCAUCACUGGCGAUGGCCGCCUCCUCCGCGACUAACAACAAUGGUCUUAUGCCCCUAACGGCUUCGUGUAACAGCAAUUUGAGCAAUGCCUCCUCAAGCUCCUCAACAUUGACAAGUUUAAUGCACGACUCGGGAAUAUGUACAUCAUCAUCGUCGCCAUCGGUGUCGAUACCAUCGCCAACGCCACAUAUGCAUUCACCCAUACAGCAGACAACACAGACGACAACACAAUUGCAACAACAGACACAAUUGAAGCCAAUGCAAAUGCAACAGCAGCAACAAUUAAUGCAAUCCCUGCCCACACCAUUGAUUCUGACAGCUGAUAUGCAACAACAGUCGCAACAGCAGCAAGUUUCACAUGGAAUUGCUCAUUAUGAUAGUCCUGCUGCUGCUGGUCCACAACAAACUACAAUGGUUGCUCUGCAAUCACCACAACUUUGUGCAGUGCAGCAGCAACCACAAGCACCACAACAACAAGUAGUAAAUAUUAUGGCCCAGGCGACAACCCAAUCACCCAAUGUCUUGGUACCUCCCCAAGAAAUGGCGAAGGAUCAUGCAAUGGCGGCGGAGCCAUGUGGACAACAAAUAACUCAAGCCCCUGCUGGACAAUUGUGUUUGAUAACCAGCACCCAUCAAACAGCAGAAACAACACCCCCGACACAAAUACAACAAAUCAUUUCACCCCACCAUCAUCAGCAACAACAACAACACCUUUCAAUUCCCUUGCAACACAUUGCUCAAGAUGUUUCACCUGAAGCUUCAAUUGCGGCCACAGCCUUACAAACCUUAAAUUGUUCCCAAGCGACAGGAGGAGCAGGAGGUCAUAUUGUAACUGGCGAGUCCUCCAUACAGCCAUCACAACUUGUCAUGGCUGCGGUGCAUAGCACCAACGCCACCCUGACUUUGGCAGACAAUUCCCCACAGCCUGUCAACAAUCUUUCCCAUGAAGCUCAACAUAACCUACAACAAGAAAUACCCAUGGCAACAUCGCCCAUGCAAAAUUCAUCCUCUUCGCCUCAGGCGGCAAAUAAAUCUCCACAAAAAGAUCAGCACCAACACCACCCAACAGGACGUAGUAAAACUCCCGCCAAAUAUGGACGCACCACUAGCUUUUCCGAAGACAAUAGUGGUGCAGGUGGUGAUCCGCAACAACAACAUAACGAAGACAAUAGCUCCUCCUCCAACACCCAGCCAAAUUCCUCGUCCACCCCCAAAGAGAAACCCAAACUCUCACGAGAAGAUCGUAAAAUGGAGGCCAUACUGAGGGCCAUUGAAAAAAUGGAACGUUCCCAGCAGCGUAAACAGGAACAGAAACAGGCCAAAAGGCAAAAUUCCUCUGGUGGUGGCAGUCACAAUACCACCCCCACAUCACCGAAUAAAACAUUCGAUUCGGCCGAUAGUUCCGGUACAAAACGUUCCAAUUCCCAUUCGGCAACGAGGACCAAAAAGAAACGCAAGGCCGGUAGCCGUAGCUCAUCACACAAUAAUCAAAGGAAGCGUAGGCAAAGUCGCAUCAACAGUCAGGAGUCAAUUGAAGGAGGAGGAGGCUGUUCUGGUGUUGGUGGUAUGGGUAUGGGCGGCGGCAGUGGUUCCUUUGGGGAUCAUGAUGCUGCAAUUACCUCGGAAUCAGAUGGUGGUUGUGCAGCAAUGCUUUCACCGCCCAUACAAACUAUGGCGGCCAGGAAUGCCAGUCCAACAAAGGUGGCCACCGGUGUUGUUGACAGUAGUCACAUUGCCAAUAAUGUCGAUCAGGCAGCCGGUCUCUUAAUGGCAUUUGCCAAUCCCAUGGUGGUGAAUUCUCACACGGAGCCACAAAAUCCACAACAACAACAGACAACAUCAUUGGAACCACAAUCUCCCCAAAGAUCCGCUGCACAUCACUAUAUGUUGGGUUCUCAGGAACAGCAGACACCAACGACGCCAAGGGCCGUCAACUCCGCCUCAUCACCACCACCUACUCCACCCUCCCAUUUGAGUAGUGCUUGUCUGUUAAUUGAAGCUGCUAUGGGUCCUUUGGAAACCAAUUUAGAGGAUGGUAGCCAUCCAACGGAAUUUAAAUAUCCCCUGCAGACGAAGACCAAGAAAUUGUUAAUGAACAAUUGGUUGCACAGGACCGAAGGUGGAGGAGAAGAAGAAGGGGAUGAUAAUUGCCAGGCAGCAACACCAACAUUGACCAUGCCACCACAACCCCCACCGGUUGCAACAGGUUUGGAUUCCCUGGUCCAGGCUGCCCUCUACGAUGUCAAUCAAACAGCAGCCACAACUACGGCGAUCAACAGCACACCAGAAAUGCCUCAAAAUCUAAGUUUUGUGGCUCAACGUGUUGAGGAAUUUAUACAGCAGACCGAAACUACCACAGAUGCACCCGCACCCCAGAAAAACUUCCAUUUACCCCUGCAGGUUAGCACAUGCAGUAAUAAUUCAUCGGUCAAGAAACGUUGGUUACGUCAAGCCAUUAGCGAGGAGACCCAUGAGGAGGCAUUAAAUGGUAAUAAUGCCAAUUCCAUGACAAUGACCACAUCCUCGCCAUCGCCAACAACAUCCACCACAUUGGUUACGAAUUUAAUAAAUUCCAAUCCGCCACAAAUGGCAGCGACAAUUGUUACAACACCCGCGCCAGCUUGUUCGCCAGCCUCCAAUGUUCCAAACGGGUUUACAACGCCAUUAAAGAAACGUCGUUUAUUGCUGACCGAUGACAAGGAAGAGGAAGAUCAAAUGGUUGCGCAAGCAAAUAACAACAAUGCUGCCGCAGCAGUGGGUCAAGGAGGAGCUUCUACAUUAAGUGUUGAGGUCAUAGAACCCGUACCCCAUGAACCAACUGCUGAUAAUCCAGCAUUAAUGGUUGUUCCUCAAUUGGAGGCCUAUCCCAAAGAGGAGAAAGAGGUAGAACCAUGCAUCUAUCCACACCAACAGUUCGUCAAGCAAGAAGAGGAACCACCUACCGUUUUCCCUGAGGAUGGCCAAGAAGAUGUUGAUGUCGAUGUUGAGAAAUGUGAACCCACAGCCGCAGACUCGAGAGAAUUAUUGUUGAACGCCAGCGGCGAACAGGAUGUGGAUGUAACCUCAACAGCAUUUGAAGAAGAGGAAGGGGCAUGUAAAAUGGAUAUUGUUAUAAAACAUGAAGCCAUUCCGCAAGAACCUUCCAAUCACAUUAAAACCGAAGUCAUCAAAGAAGAACAAGGAGAAGAAGUUGAAGAAAAACAUCGGCAGCAGGUAGAGGCGGCUAUGUCAUCUCAACCCCCCGCUGAAUUUAAUGAUCAGGAAGAUGAUGUUGAUAUUUUGCGUUCACCCAGUCCGGGUCGGGAAAUGAUUAAGGCCGAAGAUAAUUUGGUUAAAAUUGAACCGGAGGAUACCAGUGGCAAUGAGGAUGUUAAAAUCGAUGUCGAAAAAGAGGAAGAAAGUAUGGCAGCUGAUGAUGUUGUGGUGACAGCAACGCCAUCGCCGGCGCCUCAGACUCAAUUGGUUAAAACGGAGGAUUGCAAGGCGGCGGAGGUAAAGGAGAUUAUUACAAUUAAAAAUGAGCCCGGACCACCUUUGCAGUUUGAAAUGAAAGAGGAACCCAAAGUGGAGCAAGGCGAAAACAAAGUUUUCAAUGUCACGGAAAAUAUUUCCAAGUUGGAAAGUUUUGAAACGAAACGGGAAACUGACCACGAAGCGGCGGAUAUUGAAGUGGAGGAACCAAAACCCAAGCGCUUGAAACUGGAAGAACAAGCUGAGCAGUCAGCAGGUGAAACCACCAGCAUCCCUACCAGUAGCAGUAGCAAUUCUACCUCCUCCACAGUCAUCUCCUUGAUGUCGUCAUUUAAGGAGGAAAACAAAGCCACCAAGGUAAUGGACAACAAGGAGAUCAAACUGGAAACCAAACCUAAAAUUGAAAAUCAACAAAAUUCUGCUGCCAUUAAAGUGGAAAAACUGAAAAUGGAAGAUUCCCGCAAUUCGGAAGAAGUUGUGGUUUCAUCCACAACAUCUGUGAUGGCCAAAAAGGUGGUCAAGGUUGAUGCUGAUAGUAGUACCCCAACGACAACGGCAACAACGUCCACUUAUGCAAGUGGCCGAGAUAAGGUGGCAUCAUCAUCACAAGCCAUUACAACAACGGCCAAUAGUCAGGUAUCUUCUACAGCAGCCACAUCGUCAUCCUUGACUUCAUCUUCGUCAUCCACCGCCUUGCAACGAAAGGCCACCUUAAGUGAUGAUGAUAUUCAGGCACGUUUACACAACUUCCACAAGGAGAAUAUACUAUUCCUGCAGUCGCGCAAUAAAAAGUCUAAAUUAAGUUCCUCCAAUUCCACCACAUCGCUGAACAAUGACCUGCAGAAACAUAACCACAAAAAUAGCAGUAGCAACAGCAGCAGUGUCACAUCAGGCACCACCAAUGUUAAUCACCAUAAUCAUCAUCACCACCAUCAUCAUAAUCAUCAUCAUAGCAGCAGCCACCACAGUCGUCAGGAGGACAAAGAAAAAUCGGAUAAAUUAUCUUCGAAAUAUAAAAAUUCCUAUUCAUCCUCCUCGAGCGCGGUUGGUGGAGGAUCUUCUUCAAGUUCCAAAAAACCAAAGCUACAUAAAAGGGAAAGGACCACAAGUUCCAGUAGUUCCUCAAAUAGUCAUAAAAAUUCCGCAACACAGAUUUCUUCUUCCUCCUCAUCAUCGUCGUCUUCGGCAAAUAAACAUUCGGUUGUGAACUCCACAUCCUCCUCGUCAUCAUCUUCAUCGUCUUCAAAGAAAUUGAAAUCUUUGAAAAAAUCCUCUUCGGGCUCCUCAACAUCAUCGAAUAAUUCUACCACGUCCUCCACCUCUUCCUCAUCUGGUUCUGGUGGCGGAUCAUUACAAAAUUCCCAUGCAGCCGCCUCCUCGGAAGCUGUGUUGGUGAUGAGUAAUAAGGAAAAAUCGGCCCGACAACGUACCACAUCAUCGAGCAGUAGUGGGGCCACAACACCAUUGCAACCUGCAACAGCAGUAUUUGGUUCUAGCAAUGGCAAUACAACUAACACCACCCUCACCCCCCUAACCUCAAAAAAGAAACAACUGAACUUUGAAUUGGAAUUAACCAAAGAUAUGCAUUUGGUUAACAGUGUGCCCGUGGGCAGUGGUGGUGGUGGCGGUAAACAUAAGCGCCAAGAGUCCGAGUCCGGUCACACCUCAUCGGCCAAGAAAUCACGCAAAGACUCUUCGUCGUCCGCGGUAGCGUCCGGAAAAGAGGAACAGAAAAAUGGCAAUAAUAAAAAUCAUAAUUACAAGUCAUCGUCCGCCACGUCCACCUCCAGUUCUUCAUUGGCCUCCGAUAAUAAAUUACCAGAAAAGGAAGAGAAAAAGAAAACAUCACCUGCUCAACCCCCUGUAAAUGUGGCAUCAUCAGCUGCUGCCGCAGCCCUGUCAACCAAAUCAGCAAACACCACCCAUAAUGCUCAGGCGACAGAACAAAUAAUGGUUGUCGAUACACAAACCUCUCAGGUUGUCUCCUCCAAUAACGAGGAAAUGUUAAGGCCACCCUCCUCCAGUACAACAUCUUUACCAUCACCUGCCAUUCACAUCCUAAAGGAACAUCCCACAUUACCACAUUUUAAUAAUGUGGUUUUGGCAACAUCGAAUCCCUCAUUAGUAACCACUCCACCUGCUCCUUCUCCUCCAGCACCAACAUCUACGGCCGCCAUGGCAUCAGGAGUACAAAACAUUCCAGUUCAUGUAAGCAAUACAAUGCAGCCACCACCACCAUUGUCCGCCAUUUCAACAGGUGGUGGUCUAUCAUUAUGUUCCACAACGGCUGCAUCUAUUGCCGCAGCUUCACCACCCUGCCCACCAAGCGGCAGCACAAAUCAUUUGCCAUUUUUCAAUACAAUUUAUGGUAAACUUUUGGAUAAUCCCUCCUCCUCGGCAACAUCGUGUGCAAAUGGCAACAGUUCACCAGCCUCCGCAAUAUCCUCUGCAGCAACAACCACCUCAACUGGUGGUGUGCUUUCCGAAUAUUUAGAUACCAAAUUGAAGAGCUUAAAUAGUCUUGGUGGCUAUGUAAGUCACACAGCCCUAUUUGGUCUUAACAAUAGCCCUCACCACAACAACAAAGAUGUUGUCAACUCAUUGACAAAGGAUAUCACCGGUUGUGAAAUGCCAGCACCACCACCACCAACUAAUUCCAAUUCCACAUUGCUAUCAUCGGUUACACCGUCCUUAUCAUCACUAAAUGCCAACACAUCCUCCAUAUCGACGUCAUCAUCGUCGUCACCUGCCUUGAAAAUCCUUACGAAAACCGCAAGUCAUGAUCCACGUUUAAAUCCACAAUUGACGGCACCGGAACCACCACCUCAGCCCAAACGUAAACUAUCCAUUAAUGAAUAUCGUAAACGUAUGCAGCAGACCACAAGCAGCAGCAGCCCAGCCAACACCAACAGCAAUAGUGGCUCGGAGUUAUCAUCAUCAGGCAAUAGUCUAGCUGGAACACCCACCACACCACCAACUACAGCCCUGCUAGAAUCAUCAUCCCCGGUCAUAAUUAAUAAAUGCACUCUAAACUCACCGGAACGUCUAACACAGUCGGUCGAUUCACAAAUCCAAAAGGAGAUAAUUGCCUCAAGUUCCUCGGCCCCCUAUGAUUCAUUGAACAGCAGCAACAGUAGUUCGACCAGUAACAGCAGUCUAUUGAAUGAUUCACUUUUGAAAUCGUCUUCCCUGGCUGAAGAGGAUUCAACAAAAGGACAAUUCAAUGCCGCCCCCACACUCCUCGAAAAACAACAGGAAAGCCUCUGUGCUCGUUUGAAAUCGUUAAAAGAAAAACAAGGCUUGACUUUGGGAGGAGGAGUUGGUAUCGGAAGCCUUGGCGGAGCCGGAAGUCUGGGUGUUAGUCGUUCACGAUAUUCAUCGUUUAGUGAAACGGGUUUAACGGAAUUUUCAUUGAGAAGAGAUGAUGACGAUAUGGGUCUAUUGAGCAAACGUAAUUUGAGUAUUUCAAGCAGUAUUGGAGGUGUUGAAUAUUUGGAUAAUUGUCUAGAGGAAAUAUCAUCGACAUCCACUUCAAUGUCCUCAUCACGUGAACCCAGUCCGGAACGAUAUAUUCAUCAUACAUCAACAAAUAAUCAUCAUCAUCAUGGCAAACAGCAGCAUGUGAUAACAGCAUCGGCCACCACAGCCCCCACCACGAACACCAGUAGCAGUGGCAACAAUACUGGCAGCAGCAGCAAUAAUACCGGCGAUAAGAAUACAAACAGUACAAAUUUAGAACGCAAAAAGAGUGUUGAUAUAGCCUAA